UGUAAAUGUUGUAAGAUGUUGGAAUUUAAUGCGAAUGAGAGCUACCGACUGAGCAUUUGUGUGGAUAAAUCUGUCUUCUCGACUAUCGAGUCCGCACAGUGUGAUGUGCAAUUCUACCUUGUUAACUCACUGCUGUCGAAAUGUCUUGGAACGUUCACGCUUGGUCCUCCAAUUGCAUCUGGUGGGUCGCUUCCCCAGUCGCACUCCCAUCCAGGAAAUCUGAGGCAGAAUUCGCAAACUGAACUGCCCCGUGGAUCUGGACCAGCCAGUAGAGUUAACAUAGCAUCUACGAGUGGUCAGCUGAAUGGCACUGAGAUCGGGAUGAGUUCGUUCAAUCCGGCCGCUUUUCUCAGCGAGAACUACCGCAGAGCAGCCGAACACCACCUAAGAGGCAAAGUCAGACAAUACAGAGCGAGAGGGGGAAAGAGUAUGCCUCUUAAAAGACGAAGAGUCAACAGCAGCGUUGGUUUGGCGUCAACUUCAUCGGUCCAACAAUGCCCAGUUGAGGAGAGCGUCAGAUCAACUACGCCUCCCUAUGUCGCUUCUGUAUCAUCGUCAGUAUCCGCUCCUUCCGCAGUUUCUCCUCAGAACAGGAGUCCCUCUAUCAGAGGAAGAGUUUCCAGGUCGCCGAUGAAGGUACCCGGAACCCCACCGUCAGUGGCUGGGAGUAGUAGUCAACCUAGGAAGUUGCCUAAAAGUGGUCCAAAGACUCAGGUUAACUUGGUCAGUGACGACGAAGAUUUUGAGAUCCAGGAGAUAGGAGCGCCGCGCGACAAAACUACCCCAGACGGAUCAAGCUAUAGCAGACAGCAAUCAUCAGUGACAUCAAUGCCAUCACAAAUGUCGCAUAUCCAGAAUACACCCACUAAAACUGAGAGGAUUCUCCAUCAAUCGAUUAAUCUACUAGGUGAUCAUCCAGCGAGACGGGUGGUGAAACUACCAUCCAGUGGAGACGAAUUACAGCAAUCUUUGCAUGACGUCGCAACAUCAGAAGGAUCGAGAUUUCCUCCUGUCGACUCCGUUGAAGAAGAACUGACGUUGGAAUCAUUUGGAGGAGUAGGUUUAUCGGGGUUGAAGUCAGAAGCAGAAACUGCCGGGUUAAGCAGUGGGUUACCUUCAAGUGUCGCAAACAGUAGCGGAGCAGAUACUUUAUAUCUUCAGAGUCACAUCGAGAAUUUGGCCAGUCACCUUACUGGCUCGCUUGAAGAGCCAUGGGAUAGUCACUUGACGCCAUUUACAAUAGAGUUUUCUGUGCUGGAAAAUGUUGCCUCGCCCUCAAGCAACGAGCACGGAUCAUGCUGGGUCUCGGACAUCUAACCGAUUAAGACGCGGAGACGUAACCACUUCACCACGCUCCCGAAGCUUAGAAAAGUUUAGAAAAAAAGUUACAAUAAUAUUGGAAAAUGAACUUCAUAAGAUUUUCCAGCGUUUUGUUUUUUUCAUUUUUGAGUGAUUUUGUUUCACCUUUUAGGAAAGAUCAGAAGUGAAGUUAAAUGGUGUAGCAAUCGAUAUGUUAAUCAAUCAGUGGUCGGAAGUUACCUUUUGCAAAUGUUAAAAAUAAAUAAGGGCGGCGUAAAAAUAGCGCACAUUUUUCAUUCGAAAAACUGAUUGGAAAGGAAUAAUCGGGGAAAUCAUAUGGGAGUGUUGAACGCUCCAUAGUAGUCUUGAACCUGGUUCACCAUUUUUGUUACGAGACUGCGAUAGCUUGUAACUCAAAUCAAUGGCCCAUUGAAAUACUAAAUGGGCUAUCAAUUGAACUACAAUUGACCAAUAAAUGGUGCUGAACUAUCGAAACGAACGGCCUUAAAACUACUAGUUU